CGGCGAUCGCACGGCAAACACAUCCAAAACUAGAGGUGGGCUUUAUUCCCGUUUACGCGUCACUUUACAUGCAAUUGCAAAUUGCAAACCAUCAUCUAUAUCUACAUGAUCAUAUCUAUAUAUAAAGCGCCAACUUAAACAUUCUGGAAGUUUCUGAAAUCUUCUCUUGUAAACAUGAACUCCGCCUUGCUUCCUCGCCAUAUCUUCCUCCAUAUCCUUACCAGCUCAGGCUUGCUUCGGUCAUUUGCGGCUCCUCAAAGCGUGGGAUUUGGGCAGUACAAGCAGAGAUGGUUGAAUCCGAGUUGUUGGGCAAUUGGGGUCUCGGGAAAUGAAGCAGAAAACCUGUUUGAUGAUCAGACUUCGAAUGGAAUCGAAAACGGGUCUCUGUUGGGAGCCUUGGACGAGUCGUCCUCAGCGCCGUUUGGGACGGUUGAUGCUGAGAUUACGCCGGAGACCAUUGAUUUCUUCGUUAGUGAUGCCGAGGGCGAUCCCGAUUGCCCGUCCGAGGGCUACACGUCGAUUGACCAGGCGCUUAAUACACUACGCCAAGGAAAGUUUGUGAUUGUGGUAGAUGAUGAAAAUGGGGAUAUUGAAGGAAACAUUAUAAUGGCAGCAUCACUAACAAGUCCAAAGGAUAUAGCGUUCAUGUUUAAGCAUGGCUCGGGGAUUGUUUCAGUAGGCAUGAAAGAGGAGGAUCUUGAAAGACUUAAACUUCCUCUUAUGUCACCAGAAACUGAAGAUGAAGACUCUUCCGCUCCCACUUUCACAAUCACAGUGGAUGCAAAAUCUGGCACAUCUACUGGAGUAUCAGCUUCAGACAGGGCAAAGACUGUUCUUGCUCUCUCAUCUCCUGAUUCUAGACCAGGAGACUUCCGACGGCCAGGCCAUGUCUUUCCUCUCAAAUACCGAAAUGGCGGGGUUUUGAGAAGGGCUGGUCACACUGAGGCUUCUAUUGAUCUGGUUGUCCUAGCAGGCCUACGGCCGAUGUCUGUUCUUUCUGUCAUUCUUGAUGCAGAUGAUGGCUCUAUGUCCUCUUUGGCAGAUUUAAGAAAGUUGGCCUUGGAAUACAUUAUCCCCAUUGUCUCCAUAACUGAUUUGAUUAGGUACCGAAGAAAGAGGGAAAAAUUGGUCGAAAGAACUGCAAUCUCACGUUUGCCUACAAAGUGGGGCCUAUUCCAAGCUUACUGCUAUAUCUCAAAGCUAUAUGGAACUGAACAUAUUGCUAUUGUGAAGGGAGACAUAGGAAAUGGACAAGAUGUGCUAGUAAGAGUCCAUUCAGAAUGCUUAACCGGGGACAUAUUCAGUUCAGCACGGUGUGAUUGUGGCAAUCAGUUGGAUUUAGCAAUGCAAUUGAUUGAACAAGCUGGUAGAGGAGUUGUUGUUUACCUCCGUGGCCACGAAGGAAGAGGCAUCGGUCUCGGUCACAAGCUUCGAGCCUAUAAUCUGCAGGAUCUAGGCCAUGACACAGUGCAGGCCAAUAUAGAGCUUGGCUUAGCAGUUGAUGCACGCGAGUACGGUAUAGGCGCUCAGAUUUUGAGAGACAUAGGAGUUAGAACAAUGAGACUAAUGACCAACAACCCGGCCAAGUUCACCGGUCUGAAGGGAUAUGGGUUGGCUGUGAUUGGAAGGGUUCCAGUGUUGACACCGAUCACAGAGGAAAACAAGAGGUACUUGGAAACAAAACGCACCAAGAUGGGUCACAUUUAUGGUUCUGAUUUACAAGGACCUUUAGCUGGGUUUAUCAACCCCAAUGUUACCAAUAAAGACCAACCAGAAAGCUAAAGUUGAAAUGAUACAUAUAGCCUGUACCAAUAGACCAAGGAAGUUCCAUGUGUGUCAUACAAAGAUUUCUAUUCUUUUUUC